CGCGCCUCACAUCUACAUGCCAAGAACUCGCAUGAUAUCCAAAGAAGGAGUCCACGAUGGACUCCCCCGGGUAGAAAAGUCAAGCCAUUGCUUUGCUUUGCUUUACUUCGCUUGGCAUCACAUCCUUCGCAUCGUGUCUCAUCCCUUUUCGUAGCCAUCUAUCUACCUGUUACUGCACAACUCAUUGCAUCCAACAACGCUUCGAUCACUCUACCUGACUUGAGACCAUCCUACAAUGGCCACUUCUGACUUUGCCAAGCUCGGGAGACUCACCUCUGACCCUGAGGGCCAGCAAUGGGAUGUAAUAGUAGUAGGCUCCGGCCACAAUGGCCUCACAGCCGCUGCAUAUCUUGCAAAAGCUGGCCUUAAGGUUAUCGUCCUCGAACGCGCCUCAUACCCGGGUGGUGGCGUCGCCAGCCUGCCCAUGGCAGAGGCUGGAUACACCAGUGAGCGUCACAGUGCCAUCCACCAAUUGAUCCUCGCAAAUCCCAUGAUUACGCGGGAUGAGCUGGGUCUUCAAGCCCGUUACGGUCUCAAGUACAUACCGCUGGAACCUGCGUAUGCCAUCAUCAUGGAAGAUAUGGCCAUACCCAUCUAUCGCGACCGGCAGCGCACUAUCCAAGCCAUCCGCGAAUUCUCGCCCGAGGACGCUGAUGCGUAUGGCCGCUUUGUCGAAAAGUGCGCGGCGAUCACGGACGUGGUGAUGCCGUCUAUGUUCGAGCCGCCUCGGGACAUCUCGGCUGAGAUUGCAGAGAGCCCCUACGCCCAAGACUUUAUGGCUGGAACAGCUAGCUCUUCCCUCGAUAUCAUCAAGCGCGAGUUUAAGAACGAGGCUCUUCAGGUAGCGCUACUACGGUUCGUUACCGAGGUACAGCUGGCGCAUCCUAGGACCGUGGGCACUGGUCUCAUGGUCUACCUCUGCUUUGGACUUGUCGACAGAUACGGUCUCGCCGCCCCUGAAGGAGCCGGCAAUGGCUUUACCAACGCGGUGAUUCGCUGCCUGGAGGAUCACAAUGGUGAGGUCCGCCUCAAUACUGAGGUAGUCAAGAUUGUUACCGAGGGUGGCCGGGCUGUAGGAGUGCGAACGCGUGCUGGCGAGCUGAGGGCCAAGAUGGCCGUCAUUGGGCAGAUUCACCCACAUCAGCUUGACCAGAUGGUGGACGGUCUGGACAAAUCUCGGCCAUUGAAGUUUAAGGCCGGGCCUAUCGCCGAUCAGGCUGUUAUGAAUACCUGCUGUCCCGGCAAACUGGACACCCUCCUCAAAAGCUACGAUGAGAUGGCACAAGGUCUCCUGCCUGAGAACAUAAUGAUCGGCGCCUCGAGCAUCAGCACAGCUGACCCUUCCAGGUGCCCUCCUGGGAAAGCCCUGCUGCACUGUGUCGUCAUGUGCAAAGCAGAUCUUGCCGACGGAGGUUGGGAUUCUUGGGACAGGGUCAAAGAUGAAUGGGCCCAAAAGGUUUUUAAGUAUUUCUCCAGAUACCUCAAGAACUUCACGCCGGAUAUUAUCCGAUCUUAUGAGGUUGUCACUCCAAGGGAUCACCAGUCUGAUAGCCCCAGCUUCCAGAGGGGUGAUAUCUGCGGACUCGCCAUGUCCGCAGGCCAGAUGGGUGUGGCACGGCCGACACCUGCCCUGGCGCAAUACCGCGUGCCCGGUGUCCAGGGACUCUAUCUUGCUGGGCCCUACAUGCACCCGGGAGGCGGUGUUUGGGGCGGUGGCCGCCCGGUAGCGAUGAGAGUACUCCAAGACCUUGGGAUGGACUUCCAGCGGAUCAUGAGUACCGAGGUUGCGAAAUUGUAA